AUGGCCGGGCCUCCAAGAGCACGGGCUCCCCAGAGGCGCGGUGAUGGCCAGGCUCAGGCGGCGCUGGCGGGCCCUGAGGAUGCCGUGAAGGAGGACCGCCGACUGGCGCAGGAGGCCUUCUUCGAGAGCCUGCCGCAGGACAGCCUCACAGAGCACGAGAUGGAGUUGCGGAACUUAUUGGUGAAGGCUUUACAGGGGAAGGGGCUAGUGAAACUGUCUCCCGUUGCCAGCGGUCCUGAGUUUGGCCGGGUUAAAGCACGGCUCGAGUGGCCACGACAUGUCCGGCUUACCGCCUGGAUUGAGCACCGCAUUGGCCAGGAGGUGGAGGUGGUCCACGGCGCCUUUGGCUCCGAGGUGGGGGUGCAGCUGCUCGACUUCGUCGCGCACGAAGACCAGGAUGUUGAUGACGGAGAUCCUGAGACCUUCUUGGCUCGCCUUCCGUCCGACGACUUCACGGAGGAAGAGAACUCGUUGCGGCAGAGGCUGUUUAGAGCCUGGCAAGAGUUGACGUCCAACAGCACUCAGCGCGAAGCCAGGCUCGCGGACAUCGAAAACAAUCCAAAUGUAAAAAGGGCUUCGGGCUUCUUGCCGCCGUGGCCGGAGAUGCUGAGAGCCUGGAUCGAAGCCCGCCUCGGAGCGGAGAUGGUCCUGACCGAGGGUGAGCACGGGGAGCUCCUGGCCGACUUCGUCGGCGCCGAGGUGUCCCGCCUAGACAAGCGGGCUCAGGAUGAAGCGAGGCUGCUUGAGUUCUUCGAGGGCCCUUUGCGCUUUGAGGAAAAGGCAUUGGAACGGGCGUGCAUGGACGCCAUCGUCAGAUGCACGCUGGCUGCGAGCACCUCCUUCACGGCAUCCGGCUGCAGCGCACCGCUGAAGCUGUCGAAUGUGAUCAAUACAGACAAGGCUUUCCAGGAAGCGUGGCGGAACUGCAAAUCGACGUGGUCUGCACUUGAGCCGCCCAUCGAGGUCACUCUCUCACGCUGGGUGGAGUUGCGCGUGCCGGACGUCAGCGUUUCCAGAGUCCCAACUGUUCAGCUCAAGAGCAGCACGGUGGCACGACUUGGCCUCAAGAGGCAGGGGCUGCCCAAAAGCGGCGACACCGCACCAGAUCCAGAAAAUCGAAAGGGCCAAAAGCCACCGGCAGCAACGGCGACAACGGCGGCAUCAGCGGCAACGACAACAGAAGCGGCGAGAGCAACGGCCUGCCUUCUGGACGGGCACGCGACGAGUCACGCUAAGGGUUCAGUUGCGGAUAGCAAGGUGGACAAGGCGGACAAGGCGGACAAGGCUGAGAGCAGCACCUGGAGAGAUGCACUCAAGAGGUUAGAAAAAGGGGACAGUCUCCGCAAUGUUGUUGCGGAUGCCAAGAUUGCUCAGAAUGCCUCCCGGCCAAAGGAGCUUACCAACGGCUGCGUCAGGGCCAACGCCUGCCGGGAGAUCUUCUUCGAUCCCAGUGAGGUACGAGCAGCCAUCGUGACUUGCGGUGGGCUUUGUCCAGGGCUCAACUCCAUCAUUCGAGAGAUCACCAACUGCCUUUGGCAUCAAUAUGGCGUGAAAAGCAUUCUCGGGAUGCAGUUCGGAUACAACGGGUUGAGUAUGCCGGACGAGUAUCCUCCGGUGCAGCUGACGGUGGACAACGUACGAGACAUCCACAUGAAGGGCGGCAGCAUCUUGAAGGCAGGUCGCGGUGGAAUGGAUGACCCGGACAAGAUCUUAGACCAGCUACAGAAGCAGGGGAUCAACAUGCUUUUCACCGUCGGCGGUGAUGGCACUCAGGCGGCGGCCAAUUUGCUCUACCAAGCAGCUCGCAAGAGGCAGAUGCCUUUGUCCAUCGUCGGGGUGCCCAAGUCCAUCGACAACGACAUCGUGUUCUUUGACAAGACCUUCGGUUUCGACUCGGCGGUCGCCGCUGCCUCCGAGGUGAUCCGCAACGGCUGGGUGGAGGCGACGAGUUGUGCAAAGGGCGUGGGCAUCGUCAAGCUCAUGGGACGAGAUGCCGGCUUCGUGGCCAUGCAUGCGGCGCUUGCCUCCACCAUUGUGGACUUGGUCAUGAUCCCGGAGGUGGAGGUGGAGAUGGAGGAGAUCAUGAAGCACGUGGAUGCGACCCUGGAUCGAAAGGACUUCAUGGUCGUUGCAGUGGCAGAGGGUGCGGGGCAGAAGUUUGUUUCAACUGGCAAGAAGGAUUCGACAGGCCAUACAGUCUAUGGUGAUAUUGGAACCUACCUCAAGGACCAGGUCAAUUCACAUCUGAAGAAAAGUGGUGGACGCUCUUUCUACAUCGACCCCUCAUACAUCAUUCGAUCUGUCGCAAUCCGGCCAAAUGACCACAUCUACUGCUCCAGGUUGGCCCGCGAUGCGGUCCACACCGCAAUGAGGGGGUACACUGGUGUUUGCGUCGGGCCGAUCCACAACAUCAUCGUCGUGAUGCCAUCCAAUCUCAUUGCGAGCCGCAAGAAGCGGGUCGGCGUUCACAGCAGUUCCUGGCAGUCUUGCGUGCAGUCAUGCAAUAUGCCGAAGUCACUGGCCGGCCUCAACAAGUGA